AUGUCUCUCAAAAUGGAUUACAGCUCAUUUCCCAGAGACUGCCACACCAUGGACACACUGGAGAGGCAGCUCAUCUGCCCCAUCUGCCUGGAGAUGUUCUCUAAGCCUGUGGUCAUUCUCCCCUGCCAGCACAACCUGUGUCGGAAGUGUGCCAAUGACAUAUUCCAGGUGAGUACACCGUGUAUUUUUCAGUCCCGAGGGACCACGCUGGGCUCCAGCGGAAGAUUCCGCUGUCCGUCCUGCCGCCACGAAGUGGUCCUCGACAGGCACGGGGUGUACGGGCUCCAGAGGAACCUGCUGGUGGAAAACAUCAUCGACAUCUACAAGCAGGAGUCAGCCAGCCCCAAGCCGCUGCUGAAACCCGAGUGUCCCACCUGCGAGGAACACGAGGAUGAAAAGAUAAACAUCUACUGCGUCACGUGCCGGGUCCCCACCUGUUCUCUGUGCAAGGUGUUUGGGGAACACCAGUCCUGCCGCGUGGCCCCCCUCUCUGACGUGUACGAACAGCACAAGUCGGAGCUGACGGACGGAAUCCGGACCCUGGUGGCCUCCAACGAGCGAAUCCAGUCGCUAAUAGCUGAGCUGCAGAACACCUGCCGGAAUGUGGAGGACAACUGCAAGGCUCGGAAACAGACGCUGUGCGAGAAGUUUGAGCGCAUGGCGGGCAUACUGGAGGAGCGGAAGGAGAUCAUGCUUCAACGUGUGUCCUACGAGCAGGCGGAAAAGACCCGGCAGCUUCGAGCCCUGAGCCAGGCCUACGAGGCUCGUAUGGAGGCUGCCUCCAAGCUGGUGGGCACGGCUUUGCAGGCUGCUGAGGAACCCCAGGUCCCUCUCUUUCUGCAGAAUGCCAAGGUCCUCAUCCAAAAGAUUGCGGAGGCGGUAGGCAGCCCAGAGCUGGAAACCGUGGAACCAGGAUUUGACAACAUGGAGCAUUAUGCAGUGGACUUCAACGAAGAGGAACGGGCACUAUACCAGCUGGACUUCAUCAAGAUUGAGGAACCACUGGAGGCGGCAGUGACAGCCUCUUCGGAAGAAGGGGACUAUGUUGCCCCGGCAGAGGAACCUCUACUAGGGGAGGACCAGGAAGAGGAGGCAGCAGCGCCCUUAACCUCGGGCCCCGAGGCCCCAGAAGAAGCUGGAGUCGGAGCAGUGCAGGCCCCAGGGACAGCCCAGGAGGAGGGAUUGGAACCGGGAACUGGGGGAAAGGAUCGAGAGGAGACAGGCAGGGAACCUGAGGCUGGCGAAGCGUUGAAUACGAAGUGCCAGGACAGCGGAUGUCCCCCAACUCUAAGCUUUAUGCCGGUACCACCUCCUCGAGCGCCCCGGACCGAAUCCCCCAACUCCGGGCUAUGCGAGCCUGAGACCUCGGGGAGCGAAGGAACCAGUGGGGCUGUCAGCGGCCAGGACAACCGAGAAGGGGCAGGAACACCUGGGUGCAGUCAGAGUUCUGACGUGAUGGCCUCUGAGGGGACGGAGCAGGAGGCGGGGGAGCUUCUGGGUUUUGCCUCGGUUUCCUCCUUAGUCUCCAACCCCUCGUUACCACAGUGCUGACAGAAGGACGGGACUUCCCUAGGUCACCACCUCCCCUAACCCAGCCCUGGGACUGCGUUUAUCCUGAGUGAGCUAGAGCUUUCCUCUCCUUUCUUCCGAGAUCCUUUGCAGAACGCUACAGAAAAAGUUUCUUCCCGACCCUUCCCUGAAUGUCUGGAGCCCCGAACUUUCUGUGGCUGUUUGCAAGCUGGAUUUGAGGGAAAGCGUUGCCCUGGAGGGUUUUCAGGUCCGGGAGCGGGAGGUUGGACUAAAUAACUUAUGCGUCCUCCGGCUAGAAGAUUCCACCCCUCCCAAAAUACUGACGGGACCCUAACAGCUGGGAGAUCCCAGUGUUGGAGUCACCAUUUCCCGGAGGAGGUGGGCUGUGGGGGAAAUGAAAGAGUUCGUUGCCGAAGCAGAGAGAUUCUAAGACUGAGAAUGACGUUCUCCGGGUAGGGGAGAUAGGGCGACGCGGACACAGACACGAGUCGGACACGGACACGGAGGGAAUCGUUCCCCUCAAUAAACCGGAGGCUUUACCUUUGCUCGAAA